AUAAAAAGUCAAAUCAUAGCUCGCCCUCUGGACUCAGUAAUCAACUCGGACCGUUGAAAGUGCUCUUAUUUGACGACAAACUUAAGAAUGAAGAGCAUUAUUGUAUUAUGUUUUUUGGCAUUAGUUGCAUUUGCCGCAGCUCGUCCAGAUAAAUACACAGAUCGUUUUGACAAAGUUAACAUUGAUGAAAUUUUGAGUAACCGAAGGUUAUUAACAGCUUACAUUUCGUGCGUGCUCGAAAAGGGCAAAUGCACAAACGACGGACGUGAAUUAAAAUCUCACAUUAAGGAAGCAUUGGAAAAUCAGUGUGAGAAAUGUACCGAAGUCCAGCGUAAAGGAACGAGAACUGUAAUCCGUCAUUUGAUCAACAACGAACAGAGUUACUGGGAUCAACUCGUCGCGAAAUACGACCCAACACGCAAAUAUGUUGCUAAAUAUGAGAAUGAACUCAAGGCUAUCACAGCGUAAAGAGAAUUAAGAAUUAUGGGAACCUAUCUGAUAGAGAUUCAGUUAGACAUAACACUUCAUUGCGUUAAAAAUAAGACUUGGUAUUUGAAGCUAUGAAUAAAAUGAACACAUUUAUAUUUAAUUUCAUUGAACAAAUAAAUUAUUUACAUACGGCUUCAGUAUUAAAUGUUGUUUAAGGCGUGUUUAGUCAAACAAUGCUGUCUUCUUCUUUCGAAUGUCAAAUCAAUGAUGAGAGAAAUCAAUGUUCAAGUAAACUGAAACCCGUUAAACUAUGUAAGUCUUUAACAGUAUAGUUAGAACUUUGAACAAAUUAUACAAGUACAUUUUUUCUACUUAACAAUUUAAUUUUUCGAGUGUUCGUUUUUUUAUUGUCUGUUUCGUAUGUGUCGUUUUUAGUAUCAUCGUUUGUAUUUGGUUAUACCGAUCUGUAUAGACGAUGUGCAUUUUAUGUAGUUUUAGAUCAAUAUUAAUAAAUUAUUACA